UUAAAACAUUUUCUACAACAAUAUUCUCGUCACACUUGAGCAUAUUGGAAUUAACUUUGGAAUAAUAGUUCAACAUUACAUCUUAGUCAUCGGAAAGUACCUAAAUUCCGAGUAAGAUAUCCGAUUUUUAAAGAGUGAAUUACCAUGAAACAAGAACAUGACAACUUAAAACACAAAUAUGAAGUCUGGUUAAAAAAAUAAUUUGGACGGAUAUAAAACAUUAAAAUCCCAGAAACUAUGGCAACGUCCAACAAUGACAACAAAAAGGCAAGGGGAACCAAGAAGAAGACCUUUUACAAGAAUAAGGCAAAGACAAUAAAUGGCAUUUUAAGAGAGGGACUUGAGUUUCCAGUGCUUGUGACCGCGUGCACGGAUUGCGAGAUAUCCGAUCAGAAUGACCUUCCGGAUACUACUGAAAUUCUAUUGGAUAAAAUUGAGCAUGCACAGUUCGCUCAAAUCCGUGCGCUUCCUUUCAACGACGUAGAUAGCGUGUGCGAGCAAAAGGGAGCGGAUAAUAUGAAAAGCAGACGACAGUGCGAAGGGCUGGAGUUUCUGGUUCCUGUCUUGUAUCCUGGGAAACUGCGUUACGUAAACAGACCGGGUCACAGAACAAGGUUUACAUCCAUACAAGAGGUGAUUGAAAGUUUCCCACGGCACGUGAGGGUCGCGUCAGACAUUACUUCAUGCAAGCCAUACGGCGUCCACGGAACCGGUUCAAACGUUCCCGCCAUGACAAUCCUCCAGCCUAAACGUGUCUACUACGACAGUUGCACUAAACUCAGAUACCUUAAGUGCAACGCCGGUGACCAAGAAUACCACAUCCGGGAGGAUGAAAUCGUUAACAUGACCUCAAUUCUUGACGACAAUUUAUACACUCUCAGGGAUUUGAAAAAGGACGGGGCCCUUCUCGCAUGUAUUCAGUUUAAUGACGUCGAGCCACUUGAGAUUGUUCUUAAAUGCCGCGAAGACGCUUGUCGUCUGCUUCAGAUAUUAAGUUCGCCAAUAGAAGUGAUUGGUUUUACGACCAAGGCUCUUGUCUGUGCAUAUGUCCAAGAAGAAAACGAGAUUUGUAGAUCGGUGGCUUUGAUACCUGAAAGCUUAUGGGGAAAACAACAGUUCCACGUCCAUGCAUCUGCUAAAGCAAUGGAGAACGGCGUUAAAAAGUACUUUGAAAUGCACAAAGACAAUUAUUGGCUGAGAAAUAGUAUUUACGCCGUUGAAGCAACAGAACCUGGAAGUGAAAGAUUUACAUGGCUACGUCGACCAAGCGAUUAUCUGCAUGUGUAUUCAGAUCCGGACGAUGAGCAACCACCGCCAAUUCCAAAAAGACGACCAGUGGCCAAGGUGAAACCGGAAAUUGUCAAGCGACAGACGACACCUUCAAAGCCCGAAACAAAAAGACGGAAUACCAGACGACAGGUCUCAAUUUUGCUGGAAAGUGACAGAGGUUCUUUUAACGACAUCAAACUUCCAAUCAAGAAAGAAGACGAUCGAACAAGCAUUGUCACAAAGAGCAAAAUGGGCUUUAAAAGAAUACAUUCAGAGCUGCUCGCAAUGUUCAGCUCAAAAGAUAAAAAAGAAAAUCAAUACAGGAAAAGGGUUCAUUUGAAACCCCUUCAACAGUCUAAGGUUAAGUCUUACCUAGAAAGAGUCACUAUCAUGAAUAACUCCGACAAGGACACGGACAGUUCCGUUGAACCGUCUAGUCCAGUGUCUCCAGUAUCUCCGCAGUCACUAGCAAUCCAUCCAAUGGCAUCGAGGACCUUACCCACGUUACCAGAGCAAUCGAAACCUACAACUGAAGCGUGUUCAGUUGGUUUGGCCUCGUGGUCGCCAGGUCAGAGAAGUCUGGGUGGUAUAUAUACUACUCAAGAUGACGAUGGAGUUGACGAUGGUGAAGAAGACACCGGAAGAAUAUAUGACGAAGCAUAUAAUGAACAGCAUGAUUAUCUUAAACCUUUAACGCUCGAGGAUUUAAAGACAAAAUCACGCCAAAACCAAAGUUCGCAGGAUUUCUAUAGCUACUCUGUUACAGAGGUGUCUGAUUGCUUUAAACUGUGUUUUCCGGACAACCAAUGUCUUGGAAAUUACUGUGCAGAAAAGAGAUUGGAUGGUAAUUUUUUUCAAAGAUAUGAGGACCCAUCUAUGGUUUUUGAAGGUAUUAAACUUAGUAAAAUUGACAACACUAAACUGAAAGCUAUGAUACAAGAAGGCUGGCGACCAAAGCUUUGAAUGUGAAAGUCUUCGUAAGGACGUAAACACAUAUUUUUUGUUAUUCGACUUAUUUCACAAUAUGAAAGCUGUAUGUUACAAAUUACCCACAAAAUGGCUGUAUGUUACAAAUUACCCACAGCAUGGUCCGAAUUACUCAAUAGCAUAGAAGUUCUUUCUUAUUGAUAAAUUGCAAUUCUUAAAAUGCCUGAAGCUUAAUUAGAUGAAUUUCUAUCAGGACAAUGAAAUUAUUCGUCAAUAUUUUGAUUGAAUAUAUCUUCAACUGAACGGGUCGUAUUUGGAAAUAUCAAUAACAGAUAUAAAGCUUAUCACGGAAAUAUACGAUCAUAUAGUUGUAGUUAAAACAAGUUUUAAUCAGUUUUGACGCUCAUGUUACAGCCAAUGGGAUUCUCAUUUAAUCAAUUACGAAGGCUUUUGAAGAAACCGAGCACCAAAAUAUGAGUUUAUCCUUUAAAACAAAUAUAUGCGCCAACUCUAAGAUAGUUAUUACUUAGUAUUGCUUAACUGAACAAUUAACUUUCCCGGAUAUAAUGGUUUGGUAAAGCAAAAUUAAACAAUACUACUUGGGGAUUCACUCGACUGAUAUUGAAGUUAAAAAUAUGUGACAGAUAAGUUUUUUUCCACAACUAUUUAGUCUUGCCUUAGAAAUGGCAUACACAUAUUCCUUAUAAUCGACACAAUUGCUUGGCAUUUAAAAAUUAGCCAUUCAACCUUUUUGUUGUAGUUAGAGCCAUCAAGACGCGAGUCACCCCUAAACCUGACCCUCGUUUUAGCGUGUGAUUCAGAUUUUAAAAUAGUCUUUAGAUUUGUUUUAAUCUAGAAAAUAUAAUAAAUAA